GUUUAUGUAUUUAUUUGUAUAUAUCCUCGCACUUUUAAUUAUUUAUAUAUUUAUUUACGAUCGAAUGUGUGUAUUUAUUUAUUUUGUAUUUAUUUAUUUAUUUAUUAUUUUUGCAGGUCACGUCCUCCAUAUUCAGCAUCUGUUGGGAAAACAUGUUAAACUUAAGAAAUAUUAUUCAUGUUUUAGAAUUUACAUUUUAAAUUGAAUUAAGAGUGAUACGAACAAAGAAUAAAUAUUUUAAUUAAGUGGAAACUAUUAGGCUAUUAUUAUCUUAAUAAAUAUGCAAUAUUGUUUGUAAUAAAUUCGCUUUCUACUCGUAAUUUUGAAAAUAGUAACACAAGUAAAAAAACAAACAAAAAAAAACACAUUAGGAUUUGUAAUUGCAUAUAGACCUUUACUUAAAUAUUUACGCAUAUAUUUAUUUACAUAAGGUUGAACUGAAGAAAUUUGUUAAUCACGUACCAUUCGUAAUUAAAAUGGAAAAUGUCCCCUUACUUUCUGUACACUAGAUGGUGUGCGCCUCAGUCUCUCGCUCCGAUUGGUCAGAAUUUCACGUCAAUUAAAAAAAGGGGGCGUUAAAAAACUCUCUUCAACUUCCCUGAUAAAGUGAAGCGGCAGACGCUCGAAGUGUGCGAGCAGCCAACCACUCCUAAAUUAAUCGCAGUUACUAACCCUGGAAGUAUAUCCUUUUGGAGAGUUAAGUAUAGCAUGCUCGUCAUUGUUUGAACUCAUUUAAUAUAUAUCUGUUUAGGUUCUCGUAGGUCGAUUUAUCUUGUUUCCUAAUCGAGGUAUUUGAAGUGGAUUUUACAGUAGAAGUCUGAGUCCUGGUGUAUUCGGAUAAACAUGGUUUGGAUUUGCUUCUAUUACUUGCAACUGGAUCAACUGUCACAAAUGUCAUUGAAAAGUUGGAAGGUUCAGCCCUAACUGCGUGUCAAAUACAAACUUUACAAGGGAUUAGUAGGAGCCAUCUGACUAAAAUCCAAUCUGAAAGAUUAUAUAGAUGGAAAAAGUUACGGAGUGAAACAUUUUUAGCGUCAUUUAAAAUCCAACACCUACCCUAGCUAGACACCAUGCCUUUCCCAUUUGGGAAGUCUCAGAAGAGCCCAGCAGAGAUAGUCAAGAGUCUAAAGGAGCAUGUGGCAUACUUGGAGAAGCUGGAAGCAUCUGAAAGCAAGAAAUGUGAAAAGGUUGCAGAGGAAGUAUCAAAAAAUCUAGCGUCGUUGAAAGAGGUGCUGUCUGGCACUGGAGACAAGGAGCCUCAGACAGAAGCUGUGGCCCAACUGGCUCAAGAGUUGUACAACACCAACCUACUCAUUUCCCUCAUAGCAAAUCUACAGAGGAUUGAUUUUGAGGGAAAGAAGGAUGUGGUGCAUCUGUUUAGCAACAUAGUACGUCGCCAGAUUGGCUCUCGCACCCCAACUGUGGAGUACAUCUCUUCUCACUCACAAAUCCUCUUCAUGCUGUUAAAUGGCUAUGAAACUCCAGAAGUGGCUCUUAAUUGUGGCAUGAUGCUGAGGGAAUGUCUCCGCCAUGAGCCUCUGGCCCGAACUGUUUUGUUCUCUGAGGAAUUCUAUUCCUUCUUUAGUUAUGUGGAGCUAUCUACCUUCGACAUUGCCUCAGAUGCAUUUGCCUCCUUCAAGGAUCUCCUGACAAGACACAAGAUCAUGUGUGCAGAUUUCUUGGAAACAAAUUAUGACCGAGUGUUCACAGAGUAUGAAAAGCUGCUGCAUUCUGAGAAUUAUGUCACCAAGCGUCAGUCUCUAAAGCUCCUUGGAGAAUUGCUGCUGGACAGACACAACUUUACAGUCAUGACCAAAUUCAUCAGUCGAGCUGAGAACCUGAAGCUGAUGAUGAACAUGUUGAGAGACAACAGCCGCAACAUCCAGUUUGAAGCCUUUCAUGUUUUUAAGGUGUUUGUGGCUAACCCUAAUAAGACACAACCUGUGCUGGACAUCCUUCUCAAGAACCAGUCCAAGCUGGUGGACUUCCUGAGCCACUUUCAGACGGACCGUUCUGAGGACGAGCAGUUCUGUGAUGAGAAGAACUAUCUCAUAAAGCAGAUUCGGGACCUCAAACGGCCUGUACCUCCAGAGGAGUCCUAAUAGAAGAAAAUGGGAACAUCGAACCACAGACCUCAACUAGUAAUGUGGUUUAUUUGGGUGAGAAUUAGAUGGGAGGGAAAACGAAAUAAGUCAAAGAAAGUAGGAAAGGCAUAGCUUGGACUAAAUCUCUUUACAUCCAGCCUCUGAAACAGGUAGAGAAGUUGUUAGUAUGUGCAAACUGCGUUUUUUUCCCUGUCCUGGGGGGCAAUCAGGCUUUUGCCAUGAUAGGAGCAAGUGGAACCCAAGCACUCCAUUUAUACCCCAAAUAAAAAUAUAUUAAAUAGCAAUAUUGAUAAUUCUAAGACCAUUGUUAGUGCCCUGCAAAGUAAUUUCCUAUAGUCACAGAUUUAAUAGUAAAUCUUUGCAAACUUUUACCAAUACACUUCUUAAUGAUCUGUUACUGUAUGGCUUGGCAUAUUUGCGCUAAAUCUGGUAGCUUUGCUCCAGGUCCACCAUUAGUGCCAGACUCUUAGCACAUUAAAGAAAACCAAAUGCUAAAGAAAGCAUUUUAAAAUGUUUAAAUGUUGGGACAUAAAACUAUACAUUAACACAUUCAACUAGAUACACUCACAUGUUUAACCUAGUUGGGAAAAUUACAGCGUUUCAGUAGAGAAUCUCCAAAAAAUUUGUCCUAUGGUCCAACAAAGCGAGACCUUAUAUUUGUUCGAAUAAAAAUAACCCAUAGAGUUUAGUUGUUGGAUGCUGCUCUCAAUUUUCAUUUUCAUUGGAUGACUUAUUUAAGUAGCUUGGUCAUUCUAGGUCUUCUAUUACAUGUAUAUUUAUCUAUAACAUUGGAUUUGUAGUAGUAUUCUGCUUUUGCUUGGGUUAACACCUUGGGAAGACUAGUUUUUAUUUCAGUUAUCAAACAUUAUAUAAAAACAAAACCAAUUUAAAUAUUUUCUCAGUUUAUAUGAACCAUGGAAGGAAAUCAGGUUACCAGACUUCAGCAAUGUAAAAAUAGUUGGUACACAAUUACAGUGCAAGACGUGAAAACCUCUACAUAUACACUGUAACAUUAAAAGGAUGUCAACUGCUAGAGCUGGGGUGUCUUUACAUUCCUCGUGCUGCAUUUUAAUGACCAGCUUAGACAAGCCAAUGAAGCCAUUAACAGAUGGUUGCAAUGGAGAAAGACCAUUGAGUACAAUACUUCAUGUCCUGCACUGUUAAACUUGAAUGAGCCAAAAUUGUGGUAACACAAGUUAUAUAUCUUAAAAUGCCUGAUUGUACCUACAAUUUGGUUCUCCUAUGGAAUGCACCUUUCAGUACCUCUUGGAAGUUUUAAAUGAAAUGCAGAAGGCAUUCUACUGAAAAGUUCCGUUCUAAUCAUUAGCCUUCAUAACUUAAGUUGAAUAUAUAUGUGUAUGUACUCUGUUUGCACAAAUUAUUUUCUCAUAUACCUCAUAGAUUUUAAGUUCCUAAGUGCUGUUUUUUUUUUUUUUCUUGUCAACAUUAUUGUGGAUGUGGGGCAGUAGUUUGAAUUAUGUAAGCAAAAAUAAGACCUCACAACAGGGAAAAGUUGUGGUCUUUAAAUGCUGGAUAGGACCUACAAGGGAAACAAUUUCAUUUAGCAGUUUGCUAAUGGGUACAUAGAAUGUCACAAGCGUGAGAAGAGCACUCACUGUGUUUAUGUAAAUGAGCCGCAGUUUCACUAAUAGGUUUUUAAUGGAUUAAUCCAAAUGUCAUGUGGCUUAUGCUUUGAUGCCACAGUUUCAGUUAGCACAUAACCAACAGCAAAGAUGUUUUUGAAAGUGGUAUGAUUUGCAUGUGAAAAUUAUUGUUUUUGGUUAAGGUGUUGGUGUGGAGGGGAGAAACCAGAUGAGCUGCCUUUUGUGCUUUUAUAAACUGCACAAAGUGUGAAAUUGCAUACAAUGGCUUUUUUUUUUUUUUUUUACCAAAGGUUCUACAGAUAUCCAUAACAAAAUAUUUCCAUUGUUUCAUUAAAUGUCACUUAAUACCAAAUGUGCAAGAAUGAGUGUUUAGCCAAAUGUGAUUAUUCCAUUGACAGGGUUUUAAAGGAGACAUUUGUCCCUAAGCUUAUUAAAGCUUUGAGCCUUUAGAUUCUCCAUGUAGUGAUGGUGAUCUUGGAUAAAGAGAUUUAAAAUAACAUGUUUGAUAAGUUAUUACAGUGGAUUAUACCCACCUUAUAUUAACUUAAGAGUUCGAUAAUGUUUGCUAUGCUUAAUUUUCACUCUGUUGCCUUUUUGCUCAUUUUCCUUAUGAGAUUUUUUUUUUUUUUUUUUCCACUGUGGGAGAGGAUUAUAUAUGUACAUAAAGUUUUAUUUAAAAAAGUACGUGUGGAGGCAUACUGAAAAUAAAAUUAACAAUGGCACUC